GCAAAAUAAGUGCCCUUAUUUUGGGCCAGACUAAUAGAUGUCAUUUUGGAUAAACAGUCGCGGAGAACAACCUUUACAGUGUUACUAUCACACUUUGUUUUGGGCCAGACUAAUAGAUCUCAUACACGGUACAAUAUUGAAUAGCCCAUUGAUCAGAUCACUGUUUCUUCUCUUGACAGCAUUUCCUUAGCCGCAGAAAUUCCUUAACCGCCGCCGCCGACUCGUUACAGGUUCAAUUCCCUCCAUCUCUCCAUCUUAAAAUCUCUGGCUGUGUAUUUGUGCGAAUGAUUUGUUGAAAAUGUUUGCAGGUAAAGUAGAGUCAAGAUGAGCAAAGGGAGCAUGGGCGUCGUCAAGGGAGGGAAGAAGAAGGGAGUAGCUUUCGUGAUCGACUGCUCCAAGCCAGUCGAAGACAAGAUCAUGGACAUUGCCUCACUGGAGAAGUUCCUCCAGGAGCGGAUUAAGGUUGGCGGAAAGGCCGGAGCUCUCGGCGACUCCGUCACAGUCACUCGAGAAAAGACUAAAAUCACCGUUACAUGCGAUUCCAAUUUUUCCAAGAGGUAUUUGAAAUAUUUGACAAAGAAGUACCUAAAGAAGAACAAUGUGCGUGACUGGCUCCGUGUAAUUUCUUCAAACAAGGAUAAAAAUGUCUAUGAGUUGAGGUACUUCAACAUUGCUGAGAAUGAAGCUGAGGAUGAAGAUUAAGUGUGUUAAUAAUCUUCACCUUCUUCCUUACCUUGUGGAUUUUGAACUUUGUAGUUCUGGACACUUUGAUUUUGAUAUUGAAGUACUCUUAUUUGAACAUCUUUCACUCUGUGAAUCAGUUAUUUAACAAUUGCCCAUUUGUGUUUCAACAUGUUUCGCUAUUGGAUGCAAUGUUUUGUAGGUGUCCAAAUGUCCAAUACUAAAUGAGUUCUAUUACAGAGUAUUUUUUUUGCAACUGGCUUGAUAUCAUCAUAAUGAUUAUAGUCGAUUUAAAUACAACAAAACAUAAUAGAUUUGCUAAAUGUCAACAUGUAAUAUGAGUACUAUGAUUUAAUACAUUAUGC